GAAGGAUCAGCAUUCUUCGUUUGUUUUUGAUCACUUCAUGCGUGCUCUCAUCGCCAUGACGAGAACGAUGAGGUGAUGAAACCCAUUGGAUAUUUUGUCCUGUAUGUCUCUGCCGGUUUUGUCGGUUUCCUCCUUCCGGAGCUCACGGAGAAGGGCACCGCGAAGCGCUGCGUGCUGCCGAGCCUCAGCGAACUGACGUCGCGCCGAGAAGAAAACGCCACGGCGUCCGAGACGACCACGGCGGCUCCGAAGGCUUCCGCGCCGCGGAGUGGCGAGUUCUUAGAACGGGUCCCUGAAGAGGAAGUGAGACUGCAGCUUCCACAUCCCUUUGCUUGCGAUCCGUUUGAGCACGUGAUCGCCAUUAGCCUGGAGGACGACCGAGGCAAACCUGGGAGAGAAGCGCUGGUUGCGGAGUUCGAGAAGGCUGGCAUCCAGAACUACUACUUCUUCCCGGCCGUGGACACCGAACAGGAUGAGCAGCUGAAGCGCGAACUGAAGCUGCAAGAUGGCUUAUGCGAUCAGAUCGCGCGGUGCCACAGCACCUUGGGUCGUGCCCUAAGUCAUCGACGUGUUCACGAGAAGAUCGUCUACGAGGGUUGGACCUGCGCCAUGAUCUUUGAAGAUCACGCAAAGCUGGCCAAGAACUUCAGCGCCCGACUGGCUGAAGUGGCGUCCAAUCAUCGACCAAGAGAUCCAACAACACUCACCAUUUUCGCCCACAUACCGUGCCAAGAGACUUGCUGGACCACCAGGAGGGAUAGCUUCCCCGGCUUCGACGUGAUCCAGCUGGGCCGCUGCGAGCGGCCGAAUUCCCGGACGACGCCGCCCGCGGAUCAAAGCAGCGUCCCCAUCCUGUCCAGCGGCUGGCCAGGAAAGUGUUUGCACGCCUAUGUGGCGAGCAUCCAUGGUGCCGUCCUCCUGAGCCAGGCCAAUCGGCCCCUCACGGUGCCGCCCGAGGCGUUGUUGUCCCAUCAUCCUGAUCCGAAGCGUGCCCGGCCUCAUGUGGAUCGAGCACCCACUCAUCAAUCUGCCAGCUAUUGGUACACCGAACCAGCGCUGGCUUGGCAAAGCGUCUGAGAGGGGAACCAGGUCGGCCAAACCAAGACGGUCGUUGGGAGCUUGCAACGUGCUCGGCCUCGGGCAAAAUUUUCUAAAGAAA